GUUUACUGCGAAUGGCGAACGUGCAGAAUUUGCUGAGCGACUUGGCUCGCGUUGAAGCGCUGGCUGAGGAAGUGCUUGACGGGAAGCAGGAGAUGGUCGAACUCGACAGGAAACGACAGAGUUGUCGCGAGGCCGUCAACGGCAUCAAGGCAAUCCCGCCCAGCGAAGGAUCAAAGCUGUGGAUGGCCAUCGGGCCGCUCUUCCUGCGCGUGCAGAAGGACAAAGCCAUUGGGAUGAUUCAGAAAGAUCGCGAUAAUAUUGACAAGCAAUUGGAGCUGACACGGCAAGACGUGAAAUUCAAGACAGCUCAGCUCUACGAGCUUCAAAACAAACCACACCUUGCUAGCGGGUAUUUGCUCAACAGUCUAAGUAGUGAGGAUGCUAAUGUUCUGCGAGGUCGCGCAUAAUAGUGAAAAAUGUUGGUAUUAUUUUUUUGUUUGACACUUUUUUGAUUUGUAACAACUAUCAUACAAGCAUGAAAGAC